AUGUUAAGUUUCAAUUUCAGGUUGGCGCUGAGAGUCGUGGUUUUAUCCUUAUUCCUUCGAGUCAUCGCAAGUCUCCCUCUUUCUACCCGCGAUGUCAUCGCAGACGGGAUCGAACUCCGCAUCCUACCUCUCGGGGAUUCCAUAACCUUCGGCUACCAGCCCCAACAUACAAAUGGAACCAACGGCUACCGCUAUGAGCUUGCGAACCGCCUCUCCGGAUCGAAUUUCCUCUUCGUUGGAACCCAGCGGUCCGGCGACAUGGUGGAUAAUUACAACGAAGGUCACAGCGGGUAUACGAUCUCUCAAAUCGCGAGCGCUGUGGGUCCUGGGCUUGAGAUGAGGCCAAACGCAGUGCUACUCCACGCAGGCACGAACGAUCUAAACAAUAAGGUAAACCCAGAUGAGCCAUACGACGAGGCACCGCAAAGGUUAGGAGCGCUAAUCGACCAAAUCUUGGGAGUUUGUCCGGACGCAGUGGUUUUGGUUGCAAAGAUUAUCAACUCUAGGACUGCAGACACGGAGAGCAGGAUCAAGACGUUCAACGACGCGAUUCCGGGAGUUGUGCAGCAGAGAGUUGAUGAAGGGCAUAAAGUUAUGGUUGUGGAUCAAAGUGCUGUUGGGGCUGAUGAGUUAGUUGACAGCCUGCAUCCCACCGAUUCAGGGUAUGCUCAUAUGGGAGAUAUCUGGUUCGAGAUCAUGAAAGCCGCUGCAGCAGAGAACUUAUUCACUUCUCCGGUUGGCCCUGAUCCUAGGUAG